AAGAUAGUAGUUAUUAAACGAAAUGGAUCUGAUGGAGCAAAGUUUCCCCUUACAGCUACCUCUUGUUUAUUUGGCAGGCACAGCGAUUGUGAUAUUAGAAUUCAGUUACAAAGUGUUGCUGAUGAACAUUGUAGAAUAGAUGUAAAUGCUCAGGGACAGAUAUUUGUAACAAAUUUAAGCAAGGACAACCCCACUUUGAUCAAUGGAAUUGCCUGUUCCAGUUCCUGCAAAGUGGCACACAAUGAUGUGUUCACUGUGGCUGAUAGAUCCUUCCGAUUU